UGUCCGAGAAUCCCCUCUGCUCAGUGCUCUGUCCAACCUCAGCGUGAGCAGUCUGGACCAGGCGCUGUCCGUUUCUCCUCUGGCUCGGCCCCUGCCAGCCACCCCGUCACCCAGGCGAGUUUCACCUUUGACCUCAACGUCUGACAGCUGCUUCUAUGACCCUUCAGAAGGCCUCAUGAAGAGCCAAGAGGCGCCGCCGAGCAGCGAGGAUGCUUCAGAAAGCGGCAGACCAGUAGGACAGUUGACCAUCAUGGCGACUAACCAACAGAAAGUGACUUCUAAACAGGAUUUGUACGUGCCGAUGGACCCGAUAUCUGAAACCGCUCGCAGACACGUAGACAACCAAACAGAGCAGCGAGGUGUCACAUACACAGGAACACAGGAAAUCACAAAGCCUGUGAACGUCUGGCAGGAAGUGGGGAGUGUUGACAGCCAACUGGACUUGACAGACAGCAGUGGAGAAUAUGUGAAGUUCUCCAAGGAGAAGUUCUGGUUGGAGCCGCCGUCGGACAACCUGAGGAAGCAGCUGGAGGAGGAGCUGAAGCUGAGCGGCACGAACCUGAGGAGCCACGCCUGGUACCACGGACGCAUCCCCUGGGAGGUGUCGGAGAGCCUGGUGGUGAGCCAUGGUGACUUCCUCAUCAGGGACUCUCAGUCCAGUCAGGGCGACUUUGUCCUCACCAGCCACUGGGACCAGAAAACACUCCACUUCCUCAUCAAGAAGAAGGUGGUGCAGUCCGGCGAAACGUACACUCGGGUCCAGUACAGCCUGGAGGAGGAGGCCUUCGACUCCUUACCGGCCCUCGUUCACUUCUACGCGGGCAGCAAAGCGGCUCUGACCCGGUGGAGCGGGGCUCAGAUUCACCGGCCGGUCAACAGGACGUUACCGCUGAGCUACAUGGAGACGGCUUUCUGCACCGCUGUCAGCCCGCCGUCCUGCCACAGAGGGCUGAAGGACGGCAGCCUGAGUGGAGAGGAGGGGGUCUGUCCCAGAAGUCCUUCCUCUCUCCUCCACAGGGAGGCAGAUGUUAACAGAGAAAAGGACGACCAGCCUCUGUCGACGGCCGGAGAAUCAUCUCUCUCUGCUCCACACAGCAACACCCCACAAUCCAGAAGCCCGGCAGCCAGUUUGGCUCCAUCCCCGUCCCUCUCCAGGCGCUCGGAUGCUGCCCGACCCCUGCCUUCCCCCAGCAGCACCCUCUACAAACAGUCCAACGACAAAACCCAGCCGCAUCUGAACCGGGAGUCUCCAUCCUCUAAUACAGAUGGAAGCUGCUACACGGAGCUCUACCCCAGCCCUCAGAGCUACGUAGAGAGGCUGCGGGCGGAGGAAGGCUCAGCAGGCGUCGACCAGCUGAGGGUGGAGGACGGGAACGUGUAUUUCUCUCCAGUGGUGGAGACGGUGUCAUCUUUCAGGCCCGGCAAGUACCAGUCGUCGCUGAUGCCCAAGGAGAAUAAACCUCUGGAUGUGGGCAUCCUGCGGAGGGUGAAGGAACUUCUGGCUGAGGUCGACCCCAGGACGGCGGCCAAACACAUCACCAAGGCUGACUGCAUGGUGGCCAGGAUUCUGGAGGUGACUCCAGAGGUGCAAAGGACGAUGGGAGUCAGCUCUGGGAUGGAGCUGCUUACCCUCCCACAUGGCCAACAGCUGAGACUGGACCUGCUGGAGAGGUUUCAAACCAUGGCGAUCAUGUUGGCUGUGGAUGUGUUGGGCUGCACGGGGACGACUGAGGAGCGGGCCGGUCUGCUGCAUAAAAUCAUCCAGAUCGCUGCUGAGCUCAAGAGCAACAUGGGCAACAUGUUUGGCUUCGCUGCCGUCAUGAGAGCCUUAGAGCUGCCGCAGGUGUCCCGUCUGGAGCAGACCUGGAUGGCGUUACGCCAGCGACACACAGAGGGCGCCAUUCUCUACGAGAAAACUCUGAGGCCGUUCAUGAAGAGCCUGAAUGACGGGAAAGAGAGCUGCCCACUGUCCAGCACCACCUUCCCCCACGUCCUCCCCCUCCUGUCUCUGCUGGAGAAGAGCGUGGCGGUGGGCGAGGGUACGGAGCCGUGGGAGACGGUGGAAGCCGGGGUGGAUGUGGUCAUGUUCCACCUGGGGGCGGCGAGAACCGUCGCACAGCUGGGAGGCAUCUACCGCUCCAACACUGAGAGCAAACUGCAAGGUUUCCAGGAGCAGGCCGAGGUCUUAGAGCUGUUCCACACCGACUUCCAGAUGAGGCUGCUGUGGGGGAGCAAGGGAGCCGUGGAGAUCCAGUCCCUGAGAUACGCCAAGUUUGACCAGGUGUUGACGGCCUUGUCCAACAAGCUGGAGCCGCCUGUCAGACCGCGCUGACCUCAGACCUGUUCCCAUCGUUUAACCUGAGUCCAGGUUGGCUGAGCUCCCCCCCACGUGCUCACUGAGUAUCAGAUAUUCUUCUGUUGGACACCGAGCAGCUCUUCCUGGCAGUUAAGGGGUUAAAGGUUUUGCUCAAUGGCAAACUGGAAAGUCAUUAUAAGGGAGAUCAUGACGAUGCUCCAGUAACAAGCAGCAAAUCUAAACCAGAGUCUUAAGAGUACGAUGUUGCAGUAGGCCAGAACCUCCCCAAACAUGUAAAACUGCGGUACUUAAAAGGUGAAAUGACCUUUUUGGCCUGUGUUUUCUUCACAGAGGUCAGAGGUCAGAGGUCACCUUUGCCUCUAGGGUUAGAGUUUGAGCUGAGGCUGAAUCCAAAUGUCCAAACUUCUCCGGAUUAGCAGACUUAACGGGUGCAUUCCUGUGAAGCAGGCCUCAAGUGGACUUCCAGAGAGUCCGCUUGGACUGCAGACCUCACUUAGAUUACCCAUAAUUCACAGCAAGGACAUAAAUGUUGGAGUCAUAAUAAUAAUAAUAAUAUUACAUUUGAUUUUAAGCGCCUUUCAUGUAACCCGAGGAAACUUUAAAUACAGAAAACAAGCAAAAAAAUGAUGUUAAUGAAAAUGAAAUGAAUGAAAAAAAGUAUAAGCAGAACAGGAAGUCUACUGUUUGCAAACAGUUUUUAAACCACAAUAAUGAGGUUUAUAUUGCAUAAACUGUUAAAGUCCUCCUCCACUCAAAAACAUGUUUGUCUUCUUGUUCCUUCAGUUGGAUGUUUGUUCUUCUUCUCUGUG